CAAACCUUGAAUCCACUGCAUGCAAUUGCAACACUUACACACACACACAUAUAUGGUUAGUUGGUGCUGAAAACUUCUGCAGAUACAUAAUUCUCUCAUGGACGCAUCUCUACCACCGAAUAUAUCUCUCAGGUCCGUGAAGACCGGCCGGGAGGGAAGAGGGUUGUGUUGUGACUCUCUGAACGAGUCGGGGAGCUAUAGGUCUGAUCAUGAGGACGGGUUAGGGGAGCCAUUGAGUCCUAUAGCUCAGAUGUUUCAUGAGCCUGGCACUGAUGUUUACAUCCUCGGCGUAGUUGGCGUUAAAGCCAAAAUUGAUCCUGACGUGGUCAAAGAAAAACUAGCAGAGGUUUUGCUAAAACUCCCCCGAUUCUCUAGCUCACAGGUUUUGGACCCAAAAAGUGGAAAAUGGAACUGGACCCCGACAGAAGUGAACUUGGAUGAUCAUAUCGUAAUUCCAGAGUUGAAAUUAGACAACAUGGAGUCGCCAGACAAAAUUGUGGAGGACUACAUCGCCGACCUCACCACAACCGGCGUCCCGGAUUCCAGGCCUCUAUGGGACCUCCACCUUCUCAACAUCAAAACCUCCGAGUCUGAAGGUGUCAUGAUCUUCCGAGUCCACCACUCGAUCGGAGAUGGCGUAUCUAUCAUGUCUUUGAUGCUCGCCAGCUCUCGGAAAAUUUCAGAUCCUCAGAUGUUGCCAACCGUCCCGGUAGUAAAGAGAUCAUCUAGCGUAAAAUUAGGGUUAUGGCAUCAAGUGAAGUUGGUAUGGAACACCAUAAUAGAUUUGAUCUUGUUUCUAGCGACUGUAUUGUUUUUAAAGGAUACAGAAACACCUCUGAAAGCUGGCCCUAACAUUGGGUACAAACGGAGGGUUCUUGUCAAGGGGUAUAUGAGCCUAGAUGAUGUAAAGUUGGUGAAGAAAGCCGUGGAUGCUACGAUUAAUGAUAUAGUGCUUGGAAUCUCAGUAGCUGGGCUCUCUCGAUAUUUAAACAGGCGAUAUGGCAAUGAAAGAAAGAGUGAAAGGGGGCCAAUCAUGGAGAAAAAUCAUCUUCCUAAACAUAUUCGCCUUAGGACACAAUUAUGGGUCAACAUAAGACCAGUUCCAGGCAUCCAAGAGCUGAUGGAGAUGGUGGACAAGUGUAAGAAUCCAACAGCAUCAACAUGGGGAAACAACAUUGGCUAUGCUGUCCUGCCCUUAGCCAUUCAACUUCGAGAAGACCCUUUGGAUUACAUUCGCCAAGCCAAAGCUUCUGUGGAUCGGAAGAAGGCCUCUCUUGAGGCUCCCUGCGUUUAUUUCUUCGCUAAGUUGAUCAGUAAACUUUUCGGCACUAAGGUUGCAGGCCUUGUCAACUUUAACAUUUUCACGAAUUGCACAUUAUGGUUCUCCAAUGUGCCCGGAACCAGUGAUAGAAUCACAUAUUGUGGGUAUGAAGUCUCCUACUAUGCUCCAACUUGUUUCGGACAGCCUAAUGGGUUGAUGAUCAAUGUGGUAAGCUACGUGGACAAGUUGAUCUUCGUAAUAUCAGCAGCAGAAGAAACGAUUCCUGACCCACACCAGAUGUGGGAUGACAUUGAAGUGUCCCUAAAGCUCAUUAAGGAUGCUGCCCUAGCAAGCACCAAAACACAUUAAGCAUUAAUCAUUGAUACCAAAUUGGGUGGGUGGAGCCCUACGUACAAUCAAAUGAAGCAAUAAUUGACUAGCAUGUGUGUGUUUAUUUCCUUUCUGUCUCUUUGUACAAGCAAAGAUGCUUAGGCAACUUGAUGAAAACUGAUGGUGGGAAAGUCUGGCAAUAAUUAAUGGAUAAUCUCAUCUUUUAUCAUUGUAUAUGUAUAUAUAUAUAUAUGGUGAUGUGACAGUUGAUCUGA